AUGUCCGUCGACGAGAAGAACCCUCAGGACUUUGUGAGCUCGGCCGCCUCGUCCGACUCCCACGCUGACACGGGCAACAUCGACGCCGCGUGGAAGUUCCUCAAUGACCAUCGCGAUGCCGGCACCGACACGAGCUCCGUGGACAUGAACGCGCUCAGACGCAAGAUCGACUGGCGCCUCGUUCCCCUCAUGUUCCUCUGCUAUACCAUGCAGUUUCUUGACAAGGUCAUUCUCAACUACGCCGCCGUCAUGGGCUUGAGCAAGGACCUAAAGCUCGUCGGCAACGAGUUCUCCAACAUUGCCACUUUCCUCUUUGUCGGUCUUCUCUGCUUUGAGAUCCCCAACAGUAAGCCUUACCCCAUCUCAUUCCCCAUACCACCGGAAGAAAAGCAAGAAAAGAGAGACACGAACGACGUAGAGACUCUGGAGAAGCUCGAAGUCUACUUCCUCCAAAUGGUCCCCGCGGCCAAGUGGUUGGGCCUCAAUGUCGUCCUCUGGGGCACCGCAACCGCCUGCGGUGCCGCCGCCCACAACUACCAGUCCCUCCUCGUCUCCCGCAUCUUCCUGGGUAUCUUCGAGGCCACCAUCGGCCCCUCCCUGAUGCUCAUCAGCGCCCAGUGGUACACCAAGUCCGAGCAGGCCCCACGCUUCUCCUUCUGGUACCUCGGUCUCGGCCUCGGCCAGAUCCUCGGCGGCGCCGUCUCCUACGGCUUCCAGCACAUCGCUCCCGGCGCGGGUCUCGCCGGCUGGCGCAUCAUGUUCGUCGUCCUCGGCUGCCUGACCGUCACCAUUGGCAUCUGCACCGUCCUCUUCGUGCCGGACACGCCCAUGCAGGCCCGCUGGCUGAGUGACACGGAAAAGGUUGCUCUGCUGAAGCACGUCAGCGUCAACCAGACGGGCAUCGAGAGCCGCAAGUUCCGCCCCAAGCAGAUCCUCGAGGCUCUCAUGGACCCCCAGAUGUACCUCAUGGUCGUCGCCGUUGUUCUCCUGUCCGUUUCUAGCGGUGUUGUCACCACCUACUCUGCGACCCUCAUCCGCAACCUCGGCUAUGACUCCAAGCACGCCGCUCUGAUGAACAUGCCCUCCGGUGUUGUGAGCAUCUUCUUCACUCUCCUCGUCGGCUACGGAAUUCGUCACACGUCCAACCGGUGGGCCUGGAUCGUCGCCUGCAUCAUCCCAGCCAUCAUCGGUGGCGCUCUCAUGUCUUUCCUUCCCGUUAGCAACCGCUCCGGUUGCUUGGCCGGCAUCUACCUCGUCAACGCCGUGGUUGCUCCCUUGACCGUCUUCUACGCCUGGACUGCUGCCAACUUUGGAGGUGCCACCAAGCGUGCCUUCGCCGCCGCCAUCGUCUCCGGCUCCUUCUCGCUUGGCAAUAUCAUCGGACCCCAGACCUUCCAGGCCAAGGACGCGCCCGAGUACCGCCCGGCCAAGAUCGCCGUCAUGGGUACCCAGGCCGGCUGCGCUCUCGUCACCCUGGCGCUGUACGCCUACUACCGCUACGAGAACAAGCGCCGCGGCGCCAUCAAGCAGUCCGAGGACGCUUACAUGGCCCCCGAGAACUGGCAGUCGAUGACCGACAAGGAGAACAAGUCGUUCCGCUACACCUACUAA